CUAUAAGUUUAGUUUGGCUUUCAUGGCUUGUUCCUCUUCUUCCAGUCGUACAUGGAAAUACGAUGUUUUUUUAAGUUUUAGAGGUGAGGAUACUCGUAAGACUUUUACAGACCAUCUAUACACUACCUUGAACUAGAAGGGCGUCAUCACCUUCAGGGAUGAUAAAAAUCUCAAGAAAGGAGAACCUAUUUCACCUAAGCUUUUAAAAGCAAUAGAAGAAUCAAUGUUUGCUAUUGUCAUUCUCUCUAAAAACUAUGCAUCCUCACCAUGGUGUUUGGAUGAACUUGUGAAGAUCAUGGAAUGCAAAAACAAAUUGGAGCAAAUAGUCUUGCCCAUCUUCUACGAUGUGGGUCCCUCUAAGGUGCGAAAACAGGCAGGAACUUAUGCACUAGCUUUUGACGAAUAUGAAAAACGUUUCAAAGAUAAUAUAGAUAAAGUUCACAUGUGGAGAGAUACUUUGACGGAAGUGACAAAUCUUUCUGGAUUCUCUUUACAAGAUAGGCACGAGUCAGAAUUUAUCCAAGAUAUUGUGGACGAGAUAUUGCACAAAUUAAGUUAUGCAUUACCAAGAGAUACCGGUGACUUAGUAGGAAUAGAUUCUCGAGUCAAGGAAAUGAUGUCGCUUUUGGCUAUACAAUCGAACGAUGUUCGCAUCAUAGGGGUUUGGGGUAUGGGAGGAAUUGGUAAGACAACUCUUGCUAGAUUUGUCUAUCAAAAGAUUUUUAAUUAUUUUGAUGGUGGUAGUUUUAUCACUAAUAUUAGAGAAGAAUUUGAAAAACAUGGUUUACUUUCAUUACAACAAAAACUUAUUUGUGAAAUUUUGAUGGAGAGAAGUAUGAAUAUACGAGAUGUUGAUGACGGAGUUCUUAUGAUCAGGAAAAUGUUAAGUCAUAAAAGGAUUCUUCUUGUUCUUGAUGAUGUGGAUCAAUUAGACCAGUUAGAAAAGUUAAUUGGGAAGCUUAAUUGGUGUUGUCCAGGUAGUAGAGUUAUUAUCACAACAAGAGAUAGGCAUUUGUUGAUACAACUUAAUGUAUUUGAAAUAUAUGAGGUUAAAGAAUUGAAUAAUGAUGAUGCUCUUCAUCUUUUUAGAUUGAAAGCUUUUAAGAGAGAUCACCCUGCCAAAGAUUAUCUAAAGUUGUCUAAACAGUUUGUAAAUUAUGCUAAAGGCCUUCCUCUAGCUAUUGAGGUUUUGGGUUCUUUUUUGAUCGGUAGAGGAGAAGAGGAGUGGGAAAGUGAAUUAGAAAGGCUUAAAGAAUUUCCAAAGAAAGAAAUUAUCAAUAUAUUUCAAAGAAGUUUUGAUGGACUUCAUGAAACAGAUAAGGAAAUAUUUCUACAUAUUGCAUGGUUCUCAUUGAAAGGACUCUUUUGA